UUGCCCGGAAGGAAUAUUUGUGGUGCUAGUUUUAUAUUCACAUAAUAUAUUCAUAAAAGUAAAGGCAGCAGGUCACGACUCCAACCCAAAAUGCCAACUCUCUUUGCUUGUCACAACACCUUGAUGGCUUCUCCAGCAUCACCGCUUCUUCUUCCUCGAUGCAGUCCUGCCAUUCUCAAUAUUGGAAAUAGGGAGCCAAGACCCAGAGUUGUCACUGUCUUUGCUGCAACAUCUGGUCCCUUAAACUCGAUUCUGAAAAGAUGUGAAAAAUGUGGAGGCAAAGGAGCUAUAGAGUGUCCGGGAUGUAAGGGAACGGGGAAAAACAAGAAGAAUGGGAAUAUCUUUGAGAGAUGGAAAUGCUUUGAUUGCCAAGGAUUUGGGCUGAAAAGUUGUCCUAGCUGUGGGCAAGGAGGGCUGACACCAGAACAAAGAGGAGAAAGAUAGAAUUCAUAUGAAGGCUUGGGAGUUGACAGUUCGAUGAGAUGUUGUAACUAUAUAUGUAUUACAAUUUAAAAGCUUUCCUCUUAAUUUCAUUUUAUACCUUUUUUUA